AUGACGAGGAGCGUAUCGCAACGAUGCAAGGAAGAGUCGAUGGCUGAGCAAGCUAAGCUUUUAGUUGCGGACCUCAUGGCUUGUGUUCCUAUUGUCAGCCUAACACGAAAUGUGGUGUCCAAUAGGAGAUACUGGAAAGCUGUCAAAAAUGCCGACAUAAAGUCAAUAACUUACACCCAACCUCUCAUCGAUAUCUUUUUCUUGUCUUUGGCCAAACCCGCUGAACUUGCGCAUCAAAUGUCGACCGAGGUUGAAGGAACCUUUGAGGUGGCAGAAGCCAGCCUCUACACCAAGACUUGGACACCUCAAGGCCCCGUUAAAGCCCAGGUCAUCCAUGUUCAUGGCUUCAGUGAUCACAUCAACUGGUACGAUGACGUGUAUCGAAUUUUGGCCUCUAGCGGCAUUCAAGUCUUUGGUUUUGACCAGAGAGGCUGGGGCCGCAGUGUCAAGCAACCUUCUGACAAAGGAAACACCGGCGCGACACCGCGCGUAAUUGCUGAUAUUGCAGCAUUCAUCGAGAGCAAGUUGCCUUCUGAUGUCCCGGUUUUUGUUCUGGGCCACUCGAUGGGUGGCGGCGAGGUUCUCACACUUGCGGCUGAUCCUCAGUACGCCAAGCUCGUCAGCCAAGUGCGCGGUUGGAUUCUUGAGGCCCCUUUCAUCGGAUUCGCACCCGAAGAAGUCCCAAGCUGGUUCAAAAUUGUAGCAGGUCGACUAGCUUGUAAGAUUUUGCCGAGAUUCCAGCUCAAGCAUCAGCUCGACGUCAUGAACUUGACACGAAAACCCGAGGUAGCAAAGGGCUUCAAGGAAGAUCCUCUCUGCCAUGACACAGGUACUCUGGAAGGUCUGGCGUCGCUUCUCGACCGUACGGCGGCUCUGCAAUCGGGGUCUAUAAAGUUAGGCAAGGAAGUAAAGUCUCUCUGGCUCGGCCACGGAGACCACGACAAGGCUUGCAGCUAUGAAGCCGCCAUGGAAUUCGCAAAGAACCAGGACAUCGAUGACAAGGUGGUCAAGACGUAUGUGGGAGGUUACCACGCUCUGCAUGUGGACCUGUGCCAGGAGGAAUAUGCGAAGGAUAUUACUGCUUGGAUCCUAGACAGGAGUACAGGAGAGAGACCAAUCGAGGCGAAGCUAUAA